AUGGACGAUUUCGGGUUAUUUCGGAUGGACGGAAGGUUGAAAAACUUGAACGCACCGUUCGACACUCGCUUUCCGAUUCAGCUUCCAGCAAAACAUAGUCUGAGCGUCCUCAUCGCCAGGUCAGUUCAUCUUCAGACACUUCACGGUGGACCGUCGCUGAUGCUCGCUACCAUCCGUCAACGAUUCUGGCCACUCCGGGGUCGUGAGUUGGCUCGUAAAGUCUUUCGACGAUGCGUCACUUGCUUCCGGUGCAAUCCUACAACAGGAAAUCAGAUUAUGGCACCUUAUCCGUCGUUUCGCCACAGACCAGCUCGAGCUUUUACGUACUCGGGGAUGAAUUACUGUGGGCCGUUUCUCGUUCGUCCGUUAAUUGGGAAAGGCUCGUCCGUUAAGGUGUACGUCGCGUUGUACGUCUGGAUGGUGGUGAAGGCCGUGCAUCUCGAGGUCGUCGCUGAUCUGUCGUCCGCCGCGUGCAUAAACGCCGUCAAACGCUUCGUCGCAAAACACGGUCGGGUUCUUGAGUUGCACUGUGAUAAUGCAACCGCUUUCGUCGGAGCAGAUCGUGAGCUGCGUCAGCUGCGAAAAGAGUAUCUGUGGCAGUUCCAGUCGACGGAAUGGGGUCUCUACUGUGCGGACAAUGGCAUCACCUUCCGGUUCAUUCCAGCUCGCUCUCCACAUUUCGGAGGCAUCUGGGAAGCCGGAGUGAAACCUCAGAGAGCCUCAUGUCUCCAUUCCUGA